AUGGAGGUGUCUAGUAUCUGGGAUAGUGUGGUGGAGUUAACCAAAGUGGCCCAACAAAAGGGUAGUGAUCCUCUGGUUUGGGUUCUACAGUUGUCCUCCAACUUGAGUUCAAGGGGAGUGUCUCUGCCCUCAGUGGACCUAGCCAAUGUAUUGGUUUCCCACAUUUGCUGGGAAAACAAUGUUCCCAUUAUGUGGAAGUUUCUGGAGAAGGCCUUGAUGUUAAAGAUUGUGCCUCCAAUGAUUGUUCUUGCUCUUCUCUCACAAAGGGUCAUUCCAAGUCGAUGCUCCCAGCCAGUCGCUUAUAGACUUUACAUGGAACUCCUCAAGAGACACAUUUUUACCCUCAAGUCUCAGAUAAAUGGGCCAAAUUAUCAAAUGAUCAUGAAAUCAAUAGAUUCUAUUCUUCAUCUUUCUGGAAUAUUUGGUCUUCCACUGAGUGAACCUGGAGUUCUUGUGGUUGAGUUUUUAUUUGCAAUUGUGUGGCAAUUGGUUGAUGCAUCAUUAGAUGAUGAAGGAUUGUUGAAUCAAACCCUGGAAAAGAAGUCUAGAUGGGAAAUUGAACAUCAAGAAAUGGAGAUAGACUGCCAUGGUAGUUAUUAUAAGAAGAGGAGGGAAUACAAUGAGAUAAUGCAGGAGGCAAAUACUGUCAUGGCCAUCGAGAUAAUUGGGCAGUUCCUUCAAAAUAAAGUAACAUCGAGAAUUCUUUACCUGGCUCGCCGACACUUGCCUGCACUUUGGACAAAUUUUACUCAGCGGUUACAAUUGCUUGCAUCAAAUUCUUUAGCAAUAAGAAGUUCAAAAACUCUUACUCCAGAGGCUCUUAUGCUGUUGAGUUCAAGCAGUCACUUCGUAUUGUCUCGUGAAUACAAAACAAGUUCUUUGCAAAAAUUUCAUGCAGUUAUGGCUUCUGGAUCUCUGGUUUCUUCUGCUGGUCUGUGCAAUGGGGCUAGUCGUUCUGCUCUGUGGCUUCCUCUUGAUCUUGUAUUAGAAGAUGCAAUGGAUGGUUAUCAAGUUGAUGCUACAAGUGCUGUUGAAAACAUUACUGGUCUGAUUAAUACCCUUCAAGCGAUAAAUGGCACAGGCUGGCAUGACACCUUUUUAGGCCUUUGGAUAGCAGCUCUUCGCCUUGUACAAAGGGAAAGGGACCCAAUAGAGGGCCCUGUGCCUCGCCUAGACUCUCGCUUAUGCAUGCUAUUGUGUAUCACAACACUUGUGGUGGCUAAUCUGCUUGAGGAGGAGGGAACUUUACCAACCAAUGAAGUAGAAUGUACUUCCAUCAAUGGCUGGAAAGAAAAAGAGCUUCCAGGAAACCGCCGCCAUGAUUUAGUCUCCAGCUUACAGGUGUUGGGUGACUAUCAGGGUUUGCUGACUCCUCCUCAAUCUGUUGUUUCUGCUGCCAAUAAGGCUGCUGCAAAAGCGAUGCUGAUUCUUUCAGGUGUCAGUAUGGGGAGUGCAUACUUUGAGUGCAUUGGUAUGAAGGAUCUGCCCAUAAACUUUUCCGGAAACAUGCGCCAUUUGAUAGUUGAGGCCUGCAUUGCUAGAAAUCUACUGGACACAUCUGCGUAUUCCUGGCCAGGUUAUGUCAAUGGACGUAUAAACCAGUUACCUCAUGGUGUGCCAACUCAAGUGCCUGGUUGGUCAACAUUUAUGCUGGGGGCUACUCUUACUCCAGUCUUGGUUAAUGCUUUGGUUUCAAGUCCUGCUUCAAGCUUAGCAGAAAUCGAGAAAGUAUUUGAGAUUGCAAUCAAUGGAUCAGAUGACGAGAAGAUAUCUGCUGCCACCAUUUUAUGUGGGACCUCACUACUUAGGGGUUGGAAUAUACAGGAGCAUACUGCUCAUUUUAUCAUUCAAUUAUUGUCUCCUCCAGUUCAUGCCGAUUAUUCUGGGAGUGAUAGUCAUUUGAUAGGUUAUGCUCCAAUGCUGAAUGUCCUCAUUGUUGGAAUAGCAUCUGUUGACUGCGUUCAGAUUUUCUCUUUACAUGGCUUGGUUCCACAACUUGCAUGUUCAUUGAUGCCAAUUUGUGAGGUGUUUGGUUCUUUUAUUCCCAAUGUCUCCUGGACUCUAACAACAGGAGAAGAAAUCUCUGCCCAUGCUGUGUUUUCAAAUGCAUUUACUCUCCUUCUGAAGCUCUGGAGGUUUAAUCAUCCCCCUCUUGAGCAUGGGGUAGGAGAUGUACCCACAGUUGCAUCCCGACUGACACCUGAAUACCUCUUGUCAGUAAGAAACUCUUACCUGGUAUCAUCUGUAACUUCUCACCAGGAUCGUAAUAAAAGGAGGUUGUCUGCUGUUGCAAGCUCAUCAUAUCCAGAACCUGUAUUUGUAGACUCUUUUCCAAAACUUAAGGUUUGGUAUCGGCAGCAUCAAGCGUGUAUAGCUUCAACCCUCUCUGGUCUUGUGCCUGGGACCCCUGUCCAUCAGAUUGUUGAUGAUCUUCUUAACAUGAUGUUCACAAAGAUCAAUAGAGGAAAUCAGUCUGGAACUUCUGUGAAUUCUCCAAGUAGUAGUUCUUCUGGACCUGGAAACGAAGACAAUUCUCUAAGACCUAAAUUGCCUGCUUGGGAUAUCCUAGAAGCUGUUCCCUUUGUGGUUGAUGCUGCUUUAACAGCCUGUGCUCAUGGAAGACUUUCUCCUCGUGAGCUGGCUACGGGGCUUAAAGAUUUAGCUGAUUUUCUUCCUGCCUCUUUGGCACCCAUUGUGAGUUACUUUUCUGCUGAAGUAACUCGAGGAAUUUGGAAACCAGUUUUUAUGAAUGGAACUGAUUGGCCCAGUCCGGCUGUGAAUCUAUCCUAUGUUGAGGAACAGAUCAAGAAAAUCCUAGCUGCUACUGGUGUUGAUAUCCCUAGCCUUGCUGCAGAAAGAAGCUCUCCAGCUACACUCCCACUACCUCUAGCUGCCUUUGUAAGUGUUACCAUUACAUACAAGAUAGACAGAGCAUCGGAACGUUUCCUCAGUUUGGCUGGCCCCACCUUGGAGUGCCUUGCAGCCGGUUGUCCAUGGCCUUGUAUGCCAAUUGUGGCAUCUCUGUGGACUCAAAAGGCGAAGAGAUGGAGUGACUUCCUUAUCUUUUCUGCAUCUCGGACCGUUUUCCUGCAGAACAGGCAGUCAGUGGUUCAGCUUCUUAAAAGCUGCUUUACUGCCACACUUGGCCUGAAUGCCACUCCGACCUCGAGCAAUGGUGGUGUGGGAGCACUUCUUGGACAUGGAUUCGGAUCCCAUUUCUGUGGUGAAAUUUCACCUGUGGCACCAGGAAUUCUUUAUCUGCGUGUGUAUAGGUCCAUAGCAGAUAUUGUCUUCAUGACCGAAGAGAUUGUUACUAUCUUGAUGCAUUCUGUGCGAGAGAUAGCAUGUGAUGUGCUUCCUAAAGAGAGAUUGGGCAAGUCAAAGACCAAAAAUGGAAUGAGAUAUGGACAGGUUUCACUUGCUACAGCAAUGACUCAGGUGAAACUGGCAGCUUCACUUGGGGCGUCUUUAGUAUGGUUAACAGGAGGCUUGUGUCUUGUUCAGUCGUUGAUCAAAGAAACAUUGCCUUCUUGGUUUAUAUCUAUGCACUGGUCUGAGCAAGAACAAGGGUCAGAAGGAAUGGUAGCCAUGCUUGGGGGAUAUGCACUUGCAUACUUUGCAGUGCUUUGUGGAGCCUUUGCUUGGGGAGUUGAUUCAUCAUCGGCAGCAUCAAAACGGCGGCCUAAAAUCCUUGGUACACAUAUGGAAUUUCUUGCGAGUGCCCUUGAUGGGAAAAUAUCACUUGGUUGUGAUUCGGCAACAUGGCGUGCCUAUGUGUCUGGUUUUGCAACUCUAAUGGUAGGCUGCACAUCAAACUGGAUGCUAGAAGUGGAUGUAGAAGUACUGAAGAGACUGAGUAAUGGUCUUAGGAAAUGGAAUGAGGAAGAACUUGCUAUAGCCUUGUUAGAGAUUGGUGGAGUUGGUACAAUGGGUGCAGCUGCCGAACUCAUAGUCGAAAAUGAGAUGUAAAUUCCCUUCCCUCAACCCCAAUUUUUACUUUGUUUUUCAGGCGGCAGAUGUAUAUGUUAAAUCUGAUGUUAAUUAACUUACUUUUGUAGUGAAAGGUUCAGAGUUGAUAUGUCUACUAGAAAACCACAUCCAUUGUUAUAAGCUCAUGAACCAAAAGUGUGAAAUU